AUGCAGAGCACCGAGAAUCACACAGCGGGCCUACUAGUUACCGAGACACUUAGUGAUAUCAUUUUAAGUACCGCUAAGGUCCUCCCACCAGUUCCAUCUCGCCCAUGCGGUGCUUUGCGAGGUCUACAUGACGUUGUACGGAUUAUUGGAGGUAUUGCAGCCGGGGCAAGACUGAACCAUGACAUUUUAAGAAAGUCGGCUUCUCUGAAUCCCACGUCAUUAGCUUCCCUGUGUCUCCACGAAUGCCGUAGAGUACUGGGAGAUCCAUUAGGAUCUCAACGAGAACAGAUCAUUCUUGAGGAACGCCUCGCGUCAAUAACUGCCUACCAUUUUAAUGUUGGUGGUUCUGCCUGGGAUUGCAAGGCCCUGUUUCGUGAUCCUGAGCGCCCCCUAGUGUUUGUUGAUCUCCCACAAUCCCAUCAACAACAAGGUGAGGUCAUGAAGACUGGGUUCGACGAUCCUAUAGAUGUAAAAAGUCGUCGUGAAAUAUGUCGCAGCGCCACCCAACUGCGCAGUAUACUCGACUUUCAUGCGUCAUCUCACAGUACAUCGACUCAAGGAAUACAACACAGCGAAGUUGGGGAGGACUCCAUCGGGCGCGUUCCACCUGUGAACAAGAACACACUGAUUGCAGGCGAUGGUGCCCUGAGAGUCGCAGGCGUCCUACACGCCCUUCACCGACAAAGGCAUAUGUUCUUGAUUGGCAAACCUGGAGACCAACGACCAGCGAUGAUCAGUCUUGCUUCACACAUAGCUGGAUUAGGGCUCGUGGUAGCACGCGGGGCUAGUAAUGAAGAAGAGUUUGGCAAACAUAUUUUGGUUGCUCUUCGUCAUGCCGUUUUGACGGCGGCAAAGGCCGCCGCUCAUGAUCCAAAUGGUCCACGGAGAAAAACAAGCAAGAUUGUCGUCUUAAUAAACGACGAAUCUUUAGCCGCUUGUCGAUCCGGUGAACGAUCUGUAUUCCAACUAGGGUCCACCGACAACCUGAACAUUUCACUUGAUGUUCUACAGGCGAUAGUCCGGGAUGGUGAUGUCGAUGGAAAGCUGUUUAGCGCAUAUUCCAAGGCCACAGACAAAGAGAUUAAAGAUGCAUUUCACGCGGCAUCAUCCUUGCUAGCUGGUAGAGAAGGUAGCGUAACUUGUGUCGGAGCUUGCUCUUCUGAAUACACUGAUGGUAACUUUCCUGUUUCUAUCCGCUCUGCUAUCGCGGCCAGCACUCUCAGGUCCGUUUCUAUCGCAAUCGCGUUAGAGUCAGAUUCACACGCCAGCUUGUUGCAACACAUUCGACUUGGCUAUCCGGCGCUUGCUGCACUGUUCCAAAUGAAUUACCAUUGUUUGGACCAAGCCGAUAAAUGUGUGGCGAGCAUGGAGCAUGUCCUCCGGCGACGCCUGGCGCAGCUGCAGCUUGAUACCGAAUUCAUGACAGUGCCUGUAAAUGAAAUAACUUCGCUUUGUUGUGCUGCUUUUGCAGCAUUAGACACGAUGCCAUCAAAGGAAACGCUACCGUCCCUCUUGAUGGAUGUCGCAGAUUCGACACCAACGAUCGCAAUGAAUUGGUACCAAGGCCUGCAAUCUCGGCGCCGUGGUCUUUUGACAGCUUCGGAUGGCUACCAAAGCCUCGUCGAAGCUCUGCCACUCGAGAUGCCUGAUUUACCCUCCGACAGUUCAGGUGCCACUACCACGGAGCGAAUCUUAUGUUUGCUGUCAAUCGAAGCUGCCGACUGGUCGAGGCAACUAGGUCUCAUUGACAAGCGCAUUCAGUCAUUGUUUGCAGAUGCAAUGAUGCACGCCAUCGAUGUCCGCUUAGCCACUGGGCAACAUUCGCUUCAGGGACGCUUAUCAACGUGUGCUGCAGCCAAGAGAUGCCUCAAUCUGACGGGUUUGAGCGCAGAUUCGUUCGAGCUAAAUGGUGCGACAAUCACAUACCCCUACGAAGCUGCUGUACACGCCAAGUUGGCUGAUGUAGUGACAGAACGACUUGUCUUUCGAUAUGCCAAUGCUCACCCUGAUAAUGAAUUGCUUGUUUCAACUUGGAGAGCCCAAGGAUGUCUUCCUCGUGGAAUUUCCACAGCAAGCCUGGCUCUGGCGACUGUGCAUUCACUGCGAUGGCCAUUGAUUAUUGACCCUGACGGGAUAUGUACUCGAUGGAUCCGCUCCGCUGAGUGUUCGGCCGAAUCUGAAUUUGUAGAAGUUACCCCCGCCACAGCGCUAUGCGCUCGCAGAGUGCUACGCAAUUCUAUCAUUCGGGAACGCUCAUUACUGAUGAAUGUAGACAAAAUUCCUGUCUGUUGCUCUGACUCGACUGUAUUCGAGGAUUCUUUGACAUUACAGAAGAGUGUGCAUAUUACCAGUUUCCCCGGCACAAUUGGAUUCCGCUUAUACUGUGUCGCUUCGACUUCGUCUACAGUGCUUACUAACGUCGCAAUAACAAUGUUUAAUGUCAUUGUCUUUUUCAUCGACGAUGUGAGUCUGAGAACCUCGUUGGGCUUAUCAGCAGCUGCCACAAUCUUCCACGACUUUGAGACAAUGUUGAAUUCAUCUUUCUAUUCUGUGUGCAGAGCAACAGCAAGUGUAUCAGUGGCAGAAAAUGCUUUAGCAAGGGUCCUGGGAGUUGUUUUCAAUGACUCUGAAUGCAAACCGCCGUGUUACAAGUCGCAUGCGUCACCAGCGGUCAACACUAGUCAGGUUUUCAGUCUUGUCAAGGAACUUGAUGAUGCGCUUGUCAAGUCUAGACCCGUAACGGCUACUGACACCUCAGCUAGCUUAGAAAAGGGAAUACUGAUUGCGUUUCUCGAGAAUGCCAUUUGUGCGUUACCCCAUGAAUCGAUCUCUCUCUUUACCAUAGAAAUUUUCCGAUGUUGUGCCAUCCAAAGAAAAUUGGUCACCAUGGACCUUGCGCUAGGAGACACGUUUACUAAAGCCACUGCUCUGAAUCAUGCAGUCUCCACGUCAAGACGAUGGCAGCUACUGGCGGAUGGAGGCAUGGAAUCACCAUCGCAGCCUUCGAAACUCCCCACCUACGCAAAGGCGUUCAUGGCGCAGUUUGCUGAGAUCCUGACAGCGAGUCUGCUAUUAUUGCGCCUUGCGUGCCUUCCGCACGAAGCCCAGGGUACCGCGCGCGGGAUAGUUCGAGAUGCCUAUGACAAAUUAACCGCCAGCAGCCAUGUCAUUCAGGAGUCUAAAGAGCGUGUCAAUCUAGAUGAUCUAACGACACAUAAGCUGAACCGAGCUUUAUCGGUGAUAUCAGGACCUCUCAGUGCCAAGAAAGUGGCUGGUGCUUCGCUGCUGAAUCUUCUUUUGAUUGGAGACGGUUUCACUCAGGAUGAUUCGAUCCACGAAGACAGCAUUUUCAGCUUUGUGAGGGGCCUUGCUGAUGGAACCAGCGCACCACAGCCAGGUCACACAGUAGGGUCCCCAAUUUCUUCCAAUUUGCCUGACCCGUUCGAUUCACUUGCGUCCAAUUAUCGAAUUCGGAUUGAGCUCCAGUUUAAGUUCAACGCCUCAUCAGGGAUCUACGGAAAUGCUGAGGCGCGCGUGCUCUAUAGAGCUCUAAUGAUGCGACUCCCUCAGCGCCUAGAGUUAGAUGUUAUUGGUAGAUGCAUUGCCAACCCGCGGCUAGAUGCAUGGUUACGAUCUCUCCAGGAACGUGUCGAGUACCUGCCGCCCUUUCUUGCUACCGAUGAUGUUGCAAUUUCUCCCGGUUCAAUUCUAGCCGAGGGCUUCUUACUGUUUCAUGUAUCGCGGCGCUUGGCUUCCGAGGUUCUCGUUACCAAUAAAAAUGCAUCAUUUUUCCAUAAUUCUGGAGUCGCACCCUUACUGCUCCUUUCGCCAGGCCCACGGAGAUCGUCUAAUUUAUCACUGAAAGAACAGCCCGAUUUGAAUAAGGCUGUCGAGUGUCCUGUGUAUAGCUACAGACAGAGUGUAUUCAUUCGCCUGCUCACCGCACACCUACCCGCUGCGCUUGGACCUGAAGUAUGCUCCGAGCGCACAGCAUACUUGCUUUCGGGAAUUGCCCCUUCAAGGUAUACUUCUCUUACUAGCUUGAGGUUCACAGUGCAGUGGAUAUAUGCCAGCUUAGUUGCUCACUUGUAUCUUUUGUACGAGGAUACGCGGAUGCGGUAUCCUCUUCUUUCUUUCUCUUGCACACUUUUAGUGACCGAGGAGUCUGGGGGUUGCAUAGGCAGCUCACCGCUUAGUGUUGCUAGAUCCCCGCCGGUUGGCAGGGCAGUCGCCAGAGAUCGUUGGACCAUGCUCGAAACUCAGCACGCUGAGAUCUCGUCCGACCAAUGGGAUCAGCGGAUUGGAUUCUUGGAUAAUAUAUAUUUCGUUCUCUACAUGUACAGUGAAGGCGCUUACAUUCCUUUACAGUUGGCCCCACCUGCCGGAACAAGCUGGCGAGCUCGGGAAGCAGUAGGACGAUUUGCCUGGCUGAAUGAACAACAGAUGGUAGGUGGACUGUUACCGACAGGAGCAGAGCCUUUACGUGUGGAUCCAGAACGUCUUGCCCCUCCUACAGCUGCUUUAUCUCCCUUGACCUCACUCUUCACCCAGACCUGGGGUUCCCCGGUCUUCUUCUUUUGA